AUGCCCAUCUAUUCAGAAAAACACACAGAGCCAAACUUUAAUCUCAGAUCAGUCCAGCGCACGGCUGAAUUUCUAUCAAAGUGGGGAGUUACAGAUUCAUACUCCUCUCAAGGGUGCACCAGACUAGUAUCUACCGAAGUCUUUUCAUAUCUAUCUAUCUAUCUAUCUAUCUAUCUAUCUAUCUGUGUUAGUUCGUUCAUAUCUAUCUUUUUUUCUAUCUAUCUAUCUAUCUAUCUAUCUAUCUAUCUAUCUAUCUAUCUAUCUCAUUCUAUUCAUAUCUACCUCAUUCUGUUCCUAUCUAUCUAUCUAUCUAUCUAUCUAUCUAUCUAUCUAUCUGCGUUCGUUCAUAUCUAUGUAAAUCUGUUCAUUAUUACGAUAUCUAUCUAUCUAUCUAUCUAUCUAUCUAUCUAUCUAUCUGUGUUAGUUCGUUCAUAUCUAUGUAAAUCUUUCAUUAUUAUGAUAUCUAUCUAUCUAUCUAUCUAUCUAUCUAUCUAUCUAUCUAUCUAUCCGAUUUUUUCCUACCAAUAUAAGCUAAACAGGAACGGACUGUGCUUAACAAGCAGCCUAUCUAUCUAUCUAUCUAUCUAUCUAUCUAUCUAUCUAUCUAUUUCAGCCUAUUUUAUCUAUCUAUCUAUCUCUCUCUCUCUCUCUCUCUCUCUAUAUAUAUAUAUAUAUAUAUAUAUAUAUAUAUAUAUAUCAGCCUAUUUAUAUCUAUCUCACCCUAUUUAUAUCUAUCUAUUGUCUUGA